AUGCAGUCCGUCCCAGAAUCACGACAGCAGUCAUUCGAGGAGAUCUACGGGCCUCCGGAGAACUUCCUCGAGAUUGAGCCCCAUUCCUCUGGUCUCGUCCGCAACCCCCAGACCCAUGGCACCUCCCGGAACAUGUACACGUCGUACGAGAUCGUAUGCAGAACCAACAUCCCCGCCUUCAAACUGAAACAUUCCGUCGUGCGCCGCCGCUACUCUGACUUCGAGUACUUCCGCGAUAUCCUGGAGCGCGAAAGCACGCGCGUCACAAUACCCCCACUGCCAGGCAAAGUGUUCACCAAUCGGUUCAGUGACGAUGUCAUCGAGCACCGCCGAGAAGGUCUCCAGCGUUUCCUUCAGAUUGUCGCGGGACAUCCCCUCCUCCAGACUGGGAGCAAGGUUCUGGCUAGCUUCAUACAAGGUCUGUAUUUCUGCUUUCGAGUCUCGACUAUGCUAAUGAAAUGUCUAGAUCCUAACUGGGAUCGCAAUGCAUGGUAG